AUGUCUCACCAAACAGUUUCCUCCGAUACUGAUAAAUCUCUGGAGUUCCAUAUUUGCACUUCUGUAUCUGAGUGUUUCAUGGCGGGGAACGGAAAUGGCGACGACACGGGGGACAUGUUUUCUAACACGUUGCAAGAAAUCAAACAAAUACAAGAUUCUAUGAACAAUCUGGAGAGGCAUCUUGGUACUGUGAAGCAAAAGUUGGUCACUGUCAAAUCUCAUAAACCAGGAACCAAUGAUGUCAUCCAAAAUCUUAGCAAAGAUGUUGCGGAUGCAGAACAUGCGAUGAAGCAAAAAGAAGAAGAGAUCAGGUCUUUGAAGGAUCAGCUGCAGGAAAAGAAUGAAAUAAUUCAUGAAUUAAAACGAGAUAGGGAAGCUUCUGGGCGUUGUCUGCUGGAAUCUGCAAACACAAUGGACACUUUAAAGGACAAACUUACACACUUAGAGACACUGUGCAGUGAACAAAAAAUCGUUAUCGCAGAAUUAAGGAAAAGUGUUAUAUACCACGAGAAUGAGAUUACGCAGCAAAACACAAUCAUUUCCAAGUCGGAAAGGACCAUAAGCGAACAGACUAAGACUAUAGAAAAUUUAGGUUCAGCUGUAAAACGCCAUGUUGAAGUGAUUUCAAAGCAAGGAAACCAUAUUGAACAACUACAAAAGACCGUCUCUGACCAAACUCAUCGACUUGGAUCGUUGGCAUUACAGAACGAAGAACAAAAGCUGACACUCAGGAACCAACGCAAGGUGAUUCGAGAACAGGAUGGGAAGCUAGAGCAGCAGCAGAGGACGUUACAGUCACAAGGUAGGAGUAUAGAAUCGCUACAGCGGGAUUCUGCUGAGAGGAAACUGGCGAUGCAAGAGCAGAGCAGGCAGCUGAAUGAUCAGGCAGGUAUUAUUGGACAGCAAACAGAACGUAUCCAAACACAGAACAACCAGCUGCAGCAACAGCAGAAGGAUCUGGACUUCCAGAAGAGAGCAACGAGUCGACUUGAGAAUAUAGUGAGUGAUAAAGGGCAGCAGCUCGACUCGACUUUGAAAUCUUUCAGAGCUGAGAUGGAUCAGAUGAAACAGGAAGGAAACAUACGAGAAGGACAGAAAUACAGGAGAGUCGAUCAGAUGACACAAAAUGACAGGAAGACAAAGAAGUCAGACAACAAGAUUUGGCAUUAUAAUUGAUAUGUUAAAACAUUCGAACGGUAACUGCAUUUGGUAACCAUUUGCCCGGCACUGUCUUGUCGUGUAGACAGCGUGUAUAGUAUGUGUGUCAGGUAAUAUGUUGCGGUGUUAAUCCAAACUGACUUGGAUAUAGUCGUAUUUGUUGUUAUGUCCUGGUCAGGUUGUAUGUGCGACUGUGUAUUUUGAUAUAAACACCCGGUGUUACAUUCCUGCAGUCCGAAGCAUUAAUUGUUUCAUAAGACGACAAGAAAGUUAUUUCUUUCUGUGGAUAUUCCCGAUUAUAAAUAGUUAUAGCAUAUAAAGAUCUGUAACAUGUUGAGAAAUCAUUGUGAUCGGUUGAACGAGUAUUUUUACAGAUAUGCACUAUGUGUCUGUCUUGAAAAUAUGAAGCUUCAUUUUAGGUUAAUUGUCUUAUGGCAUUCUUUAUUGCUGUAGUCAAAGUAAUUUUCCGUGUAUUUUAUUUAGAUAUCCGGAAUUAUUUAGGUUUAAAGUCUAUAUGUGUGUACAUUCCAGAAAUCUUUCAGAACUGCUGUCCCUUAUCUGUCCCGAUAAUGGCUUCAAUUGAAAAAAACUGGUCUGACGAAUGGUCUGAUACAUCACAGGUCGUCGUGUCUUUGCGAGGAUUAAAAAAAAAUACCAAAACAACUUGCUUCACGGUACAAUAAAUUAGGAUUUAUCAUCUCCAACUUUUUUCUUUCUUUUUUUAAUCUUUAAUCCUGGCAAAGACACGAGGGCCUGUGUGAUGCAUCUGCGUAUUGGACUUCGAUAUAACCGUUAUUAAAUAGAUCACGUGAUACAUAAAUAUUCAGAUGGUUUAUUAUGAAGUUUAUUCCCUUAAACGGCCUAGAAAUAAUCCAGUGAUACGAAAAACGCACGUGUUUGUUAGUCAAGUCUACUUAUAGAUUCAGGGUGGUUUGUGAACGGACACACAUACACACAUGCACUCAUUCGAACUAUCACAUGCGUGUACAAGCCCAAAUUUCUACACGCCACGCCACGCCACGCACACACUUGCUACGUUCACUAAACUGUAUGAUACGAAGGUUUGGUCCAUUUUGGACUGUGGUUCAUGUAUAUGGCUCUCUGUCUUGUAUCAAUGCUGUCCAAAAUCGUGCUAUGCGUUUCUUCUUAGGGCUUAAAAAGUGUGCCCCAAAUAAGGCUGUUAAUGGUGAAAUAGCAUGGAUACCCCCAGUUGUACGCCAGUGGGGAAGUACUGUCAGAUUUUAUAAACGUUUAUGUAACCUGCAUUUUAGUCGUAUUACCAAAGAAAUAUUUUUAUGUAGUGAUCGAUGGGCGAUCCG